AUCAGCGAUGGAGAAACUGGCAUCGGUCUAGCUUACUAAGUUGGAAACGCAAUUGUUGAUCACAGAUUUCGACAGAAAUUCAAAGGAUCUGAGAGAAUUGAUGGAGGAUAUGAUGGUCAAGUUAACGUUAAGCUCUUAGUCAGGUUUUUGGAAAGAAACAACGGUAUGUUCAUCGUUAGGACUCGCGGUUGUAGCCAUGCAGGAGACGAUUCAAGACAGUAGGACAGAUUUAGACCAGGUGCAGAGAAACAUAUAAAAAGGGAAAUAUUUCUACAUAGCAACAAAAAGAUCCCAAACAGAGGAGCUGAGGGGAGGCGUAACAGAGAUUUGCCCAUUUCUGGACAAAACACUAGUCAUUCAUCGUUAUGGGAAAUAUACUUAUGCUGGAACACAACAUAGAAGGGAGGAAGGAGAGGGCUCCACUGGGCGCUGCAAGCUAUCUCUUCAAUCUGAUAGGAAUCAUUGGGAACAUUCUAGUUCUACACGUGUUCGGUACACGUAUCAAUGCAUCAUCCAAUUACAGAGUCUUCGUGAUAUUUCUAUCAAUUGUCGACUUGUUUACCUGUAUUUCGCAUGUUGCUAAAGAACUGGACAGAACGAUAUCCGUUUACAAUCAGGGCCAUGUCAUACUCAUAUGUAAAGUAUCUCACUAUAUAGGGAAUUCUGUCGGUUAUGCCGCAUUCUUGAUCAUUUGUUUUAUUACAUUUGAGAGAUACAAAAAAAUUUGCACACCUUUUACGUCACAAAUUACAAUCACUCACUCGAAGAUCAUGUGCCUGUGCUCUGUCUUGACAGGUUUCAUUGUAGAUUUUCCGAUAUAUCUCAUUUAUGGAAAAAGAUAUGAGCUAGUCGAAAAUAUAAAUGCUACCAGGUGCGCUAUUCAAAACGAAUAUGACGGAGACUUGUUACCAAUUCUACAUUUAAGCUUUCUGGUCUUAGGAACUGUCAUUGGAAUUGUAAUAGUCGUAAUACUACAAGUAAAAAUACGAAUGGCCCUGGUCAAGAAAGCCAGAUCAAAACAGAAAAUGAAACAAGUAAUUAGUACCAUCAAUUCAGAAUCUGAACAAGAAACGCCAGCUAGUGGUACACCUCAUAGGAAGGGUAAACACAUUACAAAUGAAAGUAAGAAGUCAACAGACGAUCAGGAUUCGGAGAGGAACAGACGUAUUGCGAUCAGAUUCGCCAUUAUAUCCUUGUUUUUGAUAGUCAGCUUUGUUUCCCAUUUGCUGUUUCGCUUCAUUACUGUCACACAGAAAUACUUCGUCCAACGUCAAGGGAUAUCCAAACUAGAAGACAUAGUGGAGGAAUAUCUACCAGAUAUCAUAACUGUAAACGGAAUUCUGAAUCCGUUUAUCUACCUUUUCACUGAUAUCCAAUUCAAGCAAGAGCUAAUGAAAAUGUGUGGGCGGACAAUAUGAGUGAUAUAUGUAAGACUGCGCUAACAUCCGAUGAGGCAAUACGCCAAUGCACAUUUAUAAAAGCGAGGAUAAGAGCACUCAGCGAAGGGUGUUUCUAAAACGCGGAACGGAAAAUAUUGUUAUGAGGUAAAGAUUUCGUAAAAUUCUAAAGGCUUAUUAUGUACAAGGAAGGCAGAAAUUUCAGAGAAAACGGGAGGUCAUCCUAAGAAUCUAUGGUUUAUUAUAAUUCACAGUAGUGCGUAUGUAUUUUAAAACCAUUAGGUCUAUUAUUUAUCAUAAUAUUUUAAGCAAGCGUCCGUGGGUACCAUCCCCUUUUCCCGGCUUUGUUAUUCUUCGACCCCCUCCCCCAAUUGUGAUAGUAUGCUGUUUAGCAAAUAAAAAAAAUACAAUGAAAAAGAUUUUAAUUAUAAUUUAACCCCUUUCAAAUUUUAUUACUUUAUUCUGGCUGCCACAUUAAGAAAAAAAUUUAUGAGUC